AUGGAGAGCCGAACUGGAUCGCGGGGAAGUAAUUCUGCAAAAGCAGGACAUUUGGCUUUCAGGUGGCGUUCCCAAUUCCUUUACGAAUUUAAGGCAUUUACGAUUGUUAGAGUUGUCUUGUCUGAGAACAAUUUAACAGAAGAGAUUCAUGAGUUUUUGCAAAAGUUAUCUGGGGCAGAAAAGUCAUUACAGUUUUUGGAUUUAGUUGACUAUCAACUUUGUGGACCUUUACCUGAUUUCACAAAAUUUUCUCUUUUAAGGGAAUUUUCCCUUGAAUACAAUCAAUUGAAUGGGUCCUUACCAGAAACUUUUGGACAACAACUUCCUAGUCUUGUUUCUCUAGACUUAUCUGGAAACCAAAUUACUGGGUCACUGCCUGACCUUUCCAUCUCACUUUCUAAUCUCUCUAGUCUGCUUCAUUUGGAUUUCUCUUUGAAUGAGUUAAUUUUUUACUUGAAUUCCGAUUGGGUUCCUAAGUUUCAACUUCAGGUUAUAGAGUUGUCGUCUUGCAAGCUGGGGCCUCAUUUUCCAAAAUGGCUUCGAACUCAAAAUAAAUUCUCUAUACUUGACAUCUCUAAUGUUGGAAUUUCGGACAUUGUUCCCAGUUGGUUUUGGGAUGUAUCUCCAGGAUUAAAUUUUCUAAAUCUCUCACACAACAAGAUCUUUGGCUUGCUACCUGAUCUAUCUUUGAAGUUUCAUGAUAAUCCGGGUAUAGAUUUAAGUUCUAAUCUUUUUAUACUAGUUCCUCCUAAUGCAACAUAUUUGAAUCUCUCCAAAAAUAAGUUCUUGGGCUCACUUUCUUUCUUAUGUUCAAUUUCUGGUGUGGAACUUAAAUAUCUUGACGUCUCAAACAACCAACUAGCAGGGGAGCUACCGGACUGUUUGGGAAAAUUCGAAGCACUAUCCAUUUUGAGUUUGGCAUAUAAUAAUUUGUAUGGGGCAAUUCCUAACUCAAUUGGCUCCCUGAGUCAAAUUCAGACUCUGAACUUACGCAACAAUAAUCUCUCUGGGGAGUUGCUUUCGUCUUUAAAGAGUUGCACAGAGUUGAGAAUUAUUGAUCUGGGUGUAAAUAGAUUCACAGGAAAACUGCCAGCGUGGAUAGGGACACAUCUAACAAAUUUAAUUGUUGUUAGUCUAAGAUCCAAUGAGUUCAAUGGAAGCAUACCUCAACAUAUAUGUCAUCUUAACCAUAUUAAAAUCUUGGACCUCUCUCAAAAUGAUCUGUCAGGAAACAUACCUCACUGCUUCAACAAUUUUACAGCUUUGGUUCAAAGUAAUAGUUCCGGUGCAGCCAUUAAUUUCAGCUAUAUGGCACAUGAUGGUUAUUUUACUGCUGGUGGCGACUAUGUUGACAAUGCAUUGGUGCAAUGGAAAUGACAAUUAUUUGAGUACUGGAACACUCUAGGACUGCUAAAAAUCAUUGAUCUUUCUAGCAAUGAGUUAACCGGAAGAAUUCCUGAUCAAAUUGCAAGUCUUGCGGGGCUGAUUUCCUUGAAUCUUGUGAGACACUAUUUGACAGGAAAAAUCAUCCCAGAGAUUGGUCAGAUGAAAAUGUUGGAAUCUCUUGACUUGUCUGCAAAUAAGCUAUCAGGUGAGAUUCCUACCAGCCUCGCACUCUUAAAUUGUCUGAGCUUGUUAAACUUGUCAAAUAACAACUUGGUUGGCAAAAUCCCAACAAGCACUCAAUUGCAAAGCUUUAAUGCCUCUGUAUUUUUGGGAAAUCCUAAACUUUGUGGGCUUCUGCUUCAAAAUAAGUGCCCAGGAGAAGAAACAAAUGUGAAUAUUGCGGCCGGCAAAGACAAAAGAAUAUUCAAGAAGAGGAUGGGUUCAUUACCUUCGGGUUUUAUGUUAGCAUGGGACUUGGUUUCAUCCUUGGAUUUUGGACAGUUCUUGGCACUAUGCUUUUAAACAGUCCAUCAAGCCAUGCCUAUUUCAAGUUCUUGGACCACAUAAAAAAAUUGGUUGUGUGUGACUACUGCAUUGAAUAUGGCUAGACUACAAAGGAGGCUUUAUAGAUAAUCAGUCAUGUUGUGGAUCUAGCUUUGGCUCUUUGGUCUGAAGACCAGCUGUAUGGAUGUUGAUACAACAGAGGCACUAGCUGUGAGUUCACUGACAGAAGAUCGAAGAUGAGCUGUUGGCGCUUGUUGUUCCCCGGGCAAUCUAUGUAUUUUGUAAGGAUUGUAAUAUUAACUUGAUAAAUAUUUGAUGUGUAAUUAUUAUGGAUUCUAUGUUUGCAAGGAUUGCGAUCUUCUUUUGCAAACUAUCUAUCAGUCCUGUGGCUAGUUGUCACAUUUAUGUCGUUUGGAUAUAUAUUUUUGAAUAAAAGUUAAAUAUUCAGAUAAACUUGUGAACAAAAAAUAGUUGCUCGGAUCUAAAGAGUUGAAUGAAAUGUCUAUUGAACAAUUCAUUUUUGUUCAUAAGUUUAUAUCAAAAUAUUUUAUUUUUAUUCACAAGUUUAUAUGCGAAUGAUAUAAAUAAUGUAUACUGAGAUUUCCUAUGACGUGUGAA